CUUGGCUUCUUUUCACCAUAACCGUCAAAUUUUAUUUAGAAUAAAUCACAAACACGUGUUUAUUUUUAAAUAAAAUUGCAAUAACUGAACUUAAUUAAUGUUUUUAUUUUCAUGAAGUAAAAAAUGGUUCGACACAACAAUCAAUUGCCAAAUAAUUUACCACAGCUGCAAAAUUUAAUAAAACGUGAUUCUGAAUCAUAUAAAGAAGAGUUUCUACAACAAUACAACCAUUACAAAUCAACAUUAGAAGUAUUCCGUCUUACCCCGAGUGAAUUUAACAAAAGUCUUGAUGAAUUGGUGAUGUUUUUAGCCCAGGUGGCUCAUUGUUACACAACUGAUUUGGUAUCAUAUCCACAAGAAUUAGUGGAUAUCCUUAAAACACACGCUACGAUACUUGAUCAUGAGAUGCGAAUGACAUUUUGCAAGGCAUUGAUAUUACUGAGGAACAAAAAUUUAUUAACACCCACAGCACUACUGAGUUUAUUUUUUGAAUUAUUAAGAUGCGAAGACAAAAAUCUAAGGGAAUUCCUUCAAAAUCACAUAAUAACAGAUAUAAAAAAUUUGAAUAUUAAGCAUAAAAACUCAAAAGUAAAUACUGUUUUACAAAAUUUUAUGUUCAAUGCAUUAAAAGAUUCAAAUGCACGCGCGGCUAAAAUGUCUGCGGAUAUAAUGAUUGAAUUGUAUAAGAAAAAUAUAUGGAAUGACGUUAAAACGGUUAAUGUAUUAGUCACAGGAUGUUUUUCUAAAAUAACAAAAGUAAUGGUGACUUGUUUGAAAUUUUUCUUGGGAACGGAUCCAGAUGAAAAAAAUGAUGACAGCAGUGAUAGUGACGAUGAUGCACCGGAUUUGAAAGGUGUUUUGAUGGCAAAUAAAGUCAAUAAGAAGACUAAAAAGCGUGAAAAGCAGUUAAAAAAAGCCAAGCAAUUAUUUGCUAAAGCUAAGAGUAAAAAAUCUAAAGCACCUCAGUUUAAUUUUUCAGCAUUGCAUCUAAUACAUGAUCCACAAGAUUUUGCAGAGAAACUUUUUGUGCUAAUAAAGAAAAAUAAUGAUAGAUUUGAAAUAAAAUUAAUGAUCGUAGAUGUAAUUUCACGAUUAAUUGGUCUUCAUAAAUUAUUUUUGUUGAAUUUCUAUCCGUAUUUGCAACCAUUUUUACAACCGCAUCAACGAGAAGUAACAAAAUUACUUCAAUGUAUUGCUCAGGCUUCACACGAAUUGGUACCUCCGGAUGUUAUGGAGCCGGUAGUGAAAGCGCUGGUUAAUAAUUUUGUAACUGAAAGAAAUUCUGGUGAUGUCAUAGCUAUUGGAUUGAAUGCCGUGCGGGAAAUUUGUUCACGUUGCCCGCUGGCGAUGAAUGAAGAUUUGCUCCAGGAUUUGGCGAUGUACAAAAAUUACCGUGAGCGCAGUGUUAUGAUGGCCACAAGAUCGUUGAUAUCAUUGUUUAGGUCCACGAUGCCGGAAUUGUUGCACAAGAAAGAUCGUGGAAGACCUACAGAAGCUUCGGUUGCUUUGGAACCACUUCAGUAUGGUCAAGUUGACGCUAAAGAUUUUGUACCGGGUGCUGAAGUUCUUUUGAAACCGGCUAAAGAUCAAAGUGAUGUUGAUAGUGAUGCCAGUGAAGAUGAUAGUGACGGAGAGUGGGUGGAUGUCAGUCAUAGUAGUGAUGAAGGAGGUCAAGAUGUUGAUGAUGAUGAUGAUGAUGAUGAUGAUGAAGGUGAAGAAGAUGAUAGUGAUGAAGAUGAAGAUGACAGCGAUGAAGAUGAAGAAGAAGAAGAAGAAGAAAAUGACGAAAAGUCUUUGGAAGAUGAUAAAAAAAAUAAUGAUGAAGAAAAAAGUAUAAAGAAAAAGAAAAAAAUAGAAAAACCAAAAAAAAGAACAAAAUUAGAUAGAAAAAAAGAUAAAAUCGAACGACUUGCUAGAAUGAAAAAAGUUAAAAAAGUAGAAUUUACUGCUGAAAAAAAAGAAAAAGCUGCUCAGAUAUCUGCUGAAAGAAUAUUGACUGAUGAAGAUUUUAUGAGAAUUGAUGCAGCUUUGGUAAAACAACAAAUAACUAAUGCAAAGCGUGGAGUCAAAAGACCUCUUGUUGAAGAAAGUAAAAGUGAACUGGUAAAACUUGGAGAUAUUGAGAAUAUUUAUAAGAAGAGGAAACAUGACAAGCAGACUAGAAUUGAGAGUAUUAAGGAAGGAAGAACCGAUAGAGAGAAAUUUGGAUACAAAGACGGGCGUCAGAAUCCAAUGUGUAGUAAAACAAAUCGUGAGAAAAAGAAGAAAAAAGCUUUCCAGAUGAUAAAGCAUAAAAUAAAAAGUAAAUCAAAACGCUCAUUUAAAGAUAAACAAGUAGCGUUGAGAAAUCAUUUACUUCAUCAAAAAAAAAUGAAAUAAAUAAUUAUAUUUAUGUAAAGAUGAAUAAAUAUAAAAAUAUAUAUUUAUAUAA